AUUUAUUUUUAGGUUUCAGUAAAAUAUUGGAAAAAAAGAGAGAAGUUAAUCAAGUACUGUGCAUGAUCCAUGAAUGCUCAGAUCGAGUAUCCGUAAUUGUAAAUAAUCAAGAAAACUCUGCUAUUCAAACUAAAGUUCAGGCAUCAUUUUCUGGAAGUAGUUCAUUAACUGAAACCAGUAUGAUUGAAAAUACAUCUGGAAAGUUCUCAGCAUUUGAAAAACUGCAGGAUGAAAAUAUGAAACUUUUAAAAAAUUAUCGAAGAAGAUUAGAGAUGACUAAUGAUAAAUGUACAAAAACAAAUUUGAAAUUAGAGUUUGAGAGAAGGCUGGCUGAAAAUGCUAUUCUUGCAAAGAAAAAAUAUGAUAUAGCUGUUAAACAAUUGCAGAAGGAAAGAGUGCAGAUGAUGGAAAAUGCAAUAAGGAAAUUAUUUGAAAAUGAUGAAUAUUUAAGUGAAAAAGAUAAAGAAAAAAAAGAAUUAUAUACUUGUGUUGUACAGUAUGCAAAAAAUGAGACAUGGCCGUGCUCCUGGAAAUUGAAUUCUUAUGAAACAUCUGUUUCAGAAGCAGCACAAAAGCUAUUUCAGAAAACUAUUAGGUGCUAUGAUCAUCCAUUAUCUCAGUGGCUUAUGCUAGUUCAAACAAACAUUAAAAGAGAAGUUGAUGCACUUUUGAAACAGUAUUCAGAAUAUUUAAUUCUCUUACCCAAUCAAUGUCCUAAUGAAGAAUGCGGUCUUGGUUCUUAUGAAGAGCAUCCUAAAGAAAUUGUCUUAAAAAAUUCAUUUAAUGAAACCAAAAGAAUACCAUCAAGCAAAAUAGUGUGUCUACAAAAAGCCUUAGAAGCUUUAUCUUUAGAAAUCAGUAAUACUAUUGGAAAUGCAUUAGAAAUAUUUUAUUUAAUUUAUAAAUCAUUUUUACCCGAUGACUCAGAAUCAGCUUGUUAUAAUCUUAUUGAAACUUAUCUUUUGGUGCCAAUUUGGCCAAAUUUAAUAAAUCUUUUUAGAAUUUCAAAUAUUUCUUCGGAGUAUAAAGUGUCUGUGACAAUGUUCAUCCACAGAUCUUCCGAUCCAUCAAAGUUUGGAUUUUUAAGCAAAUUUUUCAUUGCCCCUGAUAUGUACCAUGAUGUUAUCUUGCUGUUGCAGAGUUUACCGAAAUACUGUUCACUUGUUGAAAAAUUAAAAAUUUUAGUUCAGAUAUCUCAAAGUAUUUGUAAGAUUGAUUCUGUGAAAGGAUCAUCCGAAAAAAUUGGAGCAGAUGAGUUAAUUCCUCUUCUCUGUUAUGUUAUUGUGCAGUCUAGAUUGCCACAACUUUUCUCAGAAUGUCAUGCAAUAGAACAGUUAUAUGAUAUGAAGUAUAUGUUUGGUGAAGAAGGUUAUGCUCUUUCUUCCUUUUUGACAGCCCUGAAGUAUAUUGAAAUAAAAAAAGCAUUGGAAGUCACAGUGGAGACAUGUAGGAAUUACUAGAUUAUAAAAGUAAGCUGAAUGAAGACAAACUAGAGCAGCAUCAGAAGCAGCAACAAGAGAAAACUGUGGAAGAAAUGUCUUCAGAGGAAAACAAAGGAUGGGUUGAGGAUUUUAAUUCUUUGAUCCCUGAAAUCUGUGCAAAAAGUUGUGAGAAAUUUUCAUGUAAUGAUAUCUUCUUGAUAAAGCAAGAGCAAGCUGUAGCAUAAGCAUUUUCAAUGAGAGCUCCAUGUCUCACUUUUAAAUACAUUUUAAAUGUAGACAACAAAUUACAUUGGACAAAUUUUGAUUAAAAUGAAGUCGCAUUAAGUGUGAAGCAUAGUUAAGUGGUGCUAAGAGACAAAGAAAAGGUGCAGGAAGUUGUGUCAGAAACCUAGUGAUUUUAUGAAAGAGUACUCCAUUCUGCUAUAACGUCUGCUCCCUUUCUCUUUUUCAGAGCUUUCUCUUAUUCCAUCCACUUUCCUUUAUGUAGUGUUGUAAAAUUAAAUUUUUAUCUUAUUUUAUUUGUUUAUUAUUGUGUUAGUUCACCCCGCCUUUCCUUUAAAUUUAAUUAUUUCCAUUGAUUUUGUGUCAUGAACUUCUGCACAAAAUGUUGUAAAGUCUAAAUAAGCAAUCAUCUGUAAUCCAAAAAGUGAUUAUUCCAUUUUACAUUAAUUCCUAUGGGAAAAAAUAGUUUCAGAUUACAAAAAUUGUGGAUUACAACAAGCCUUCAAGAAUGAAUUACAUUCAUGAACUAACGUUUCACUGUACAUGACUUGCACUGCAUCUCAAAAUGGAUUCAUUAAAAAGGUAGCAGUAAUACUUAAUGUGAAUGAAAAAGUAGUCUAGAUGCAUUAAAUAAGAAAGAGUCUAUAAUCACAGAAACAGCAGCAUUUAUAGCAGUAAAUCUUUUGUAAGCCAAAAAAAAUAAGAGUAUGUCAAAGGUAUCUACAGUUGCAAAAAUAACCACUGCAUUAUAAGUAGUAAUAUUUAUUCUGAAAGAGGAAAUCAAAACUAAAAAAUGAUCUGGCACUAAUGAUUGAGGUACCCCCCCCCCCAAGUACACAUGAUAGUUAUUGUAAAGGUAUGGAGAAUUUUCUGUCUUCAUAAGAUUUAGGCUUGAGUUUUUAUUCCUGAAAUUGUCUGCUACUUUUAUGGGGAAAAGACAAAAUAGUUGGGAGUUCAUUCUGCUUAUACAGAAGUCCCCCCCCCCCCGGAAAAAGAACUCGAAAAAUAUACAGAACCUUUUUUUAUACAUGUAAGAUUGUGGUAUUAAUCCUAACUCUCCCCCCCCUUAAGUGAAUGUAUGCGGGUUAAUUUUUUUUUAUGUACUUUUAUUAAAUGUUUUGUUAUUUUUAUAAACAAUAUUUUGAAUUAUUUAAAAAUAAUUGAGUCAAAAUAGUCUUAAAAAUAAAUAGGGAGUUUUUUUGUUUUAUUUUGCAACAUCUUGCUGACUUAUUAGUUGUUUCAAUAUUUUAUGAAUUUUGUUUGCACAUUAUUCAGAGUUUUAUUAGUGUGCAUGUAUGUGUUUUGUGUAAAAAUUGCUACAAAAUUGCCUAAGUAUGUUUCUGUAUCAGAACAUAAAAUAUGUAUCAUGUGAAGUCAUCACUUUCAAUAAAAAUGUAGCUUCUCUACUUCCUAAUAUUAAAACUGAUACUGGAAGAAUUUUUCUAAUUUUUCCAAUAUUUUAUUUGUUUAAUAUGUAAUCAUUAAUAAAUGCUAAUGCUUUAUUGAAUGCUAA